AUGACGCAACUGAUUGCAUCGCGAGAGGAUGUCACGUCACUGACUGCGUACAUCACCAAGAGCCUCGCAGCGAGCGAACUCGGCUGGCUCGUCUACAUCUUUGACGACAUAUGCAUGGCCUGGACGCGCCAAUACAGUGCCAGCUACACGACCAAGUCGGCGUUGAUGGCGUGGUUCAUCGCGGUUGUCUUGAGCUUUACGAGCCCCGUUUCCCACAGCGCAACGAUCCAGCGGUCGUGCGAGAAUGUGCAAAUGGACUUUGAGAUGGUGUGCCACAGCGGCGUCGUCGCCAUUGGACAUUUUGAGAGUACGGAAAGCGAGAUCGCGUCGACGUCUGAGGCGUACUAG